AUGACCAGCCUGCCUUGUUCUUGUAAGGACAUUUAUUCUCGGAACGCUUCGGAGGAGCUAUUACACGAAGACAAAUGCUACGAUCGUUACGGUCGACUUGGCUAUACCAAUAUAUUAUAUGGCAUCAAAGAGCAAGGCAAAAGUAGGUCACCUGAAAAUGGCUUUUCUAAAGUUUACAGCCAGCUUAAACUUCACGAAACGAAACCACCCAUCUUCGAGUUUCUAGAAAUGUUGCCUUGGCGUGCAUGUACUACUUUGCGUCUCCCGCACAAGACAUGCGCUGUGAUUUCCGAGAAACUUGCCAUUUCGGAGAACCCAAAAUCUGAGAAUCAGAUUCAAAGACGUUCGGUCUCCACGUUAGAGGCAAGCGUUCGUCCUAAGAAAAAAGGCAAGUCCGACGGCUCUGUAAGACCGUACAGCGAUUCGAAGUUGAACGAAAAUUCCAGGAAAGCAACGAGUUUUACUUUCCAUAAUUCACGAAUUUCUAAGAAUUCAUUGGAGGAAAACUACAAAUUUCAUCAUUUUAAGGACUUCUCGAAGUACAUAAGCGAGUAUACGGAGACGGUAACUCUUCCCAGACUACAAGUUCAUUAUCGUGUGCAAAACCGUCGCCAUGGAAACGCUAGGGCGAUGUCGACGCGACAGCAGUGGGUUACCCACAACGUAUUGCGGUCAAGGAGAAAAGACAAAGACGCCAGAGAAGUGCCCGCGACCAAUCCCGAGCUGGUCAGCAGGGAUUCGAGGAAGCAUGCUUCAUGUGAACAGGGGCGUGAUGAGACUUACUAUAACGUUCAUUUCCCAAGCUUUGAGACUUGUUCUUUCAAGGUCAGUUUUCUAACGUACAGUCGCAAAAUAAGUAAAUAAAUACCGCCGUGUUCAUAACAAGUGUCUUAAAGAGGGAAGAGGCUAUUUCGCUGGCCUCAGAGUGACAAAACGUAUCCUAUUCCAACACUAAUCCUUUUCCAAACACCAACUCUAACCUAACCUAACCCUACUCCAAGUUUGUUUCUAAACCAAUCUUGAAGAAAAACGUUUUGACGAAAUGUCAUUCCGAGGUCAGCGAAAUAACCUUUUCCCUUAAAGAGAGGCCGUCACCUCCCUGAAAACAUAUUGAAAGUUAUGUUGCAGGGGAGUGAAUGCCUCUCGUUAGGGCAUUUGCUAAGAACAGGGGCCAGUUGUAUAAAACUCCUAGUCACUUUUUUAAUCACUAUUUUGUAGUUAAAUAGUGAUUAACUCUCAAAUACGCGCUUCUUAUUGGAUGACGUUUCCACUUAACUAUAGUUAACUUUCUUUAAUCACUUUUUUAUACAACCGGCCCCCACAUAUGCGCAGUAAAAACUACCUCCAAGGGCCUGUUCAUAUGGGCAAAAGUUAUCCCGGUUAGCGAGAAAACUUUUCGACAAGUUUACAAGCGAGAUCUCGCCUUGAUAUGAAAAUAAUAUGAAAAGUUACACUGCGUUCAUAUGAGACAAAAAGUUCUCCCGUGUACCGAGAUCUCGCUUGUUGACAGGCGAGAUCUCGGUGACCGGGAUGUUUUUCCCAUAUGAACACAACUUUCCCGCUUAGCGGGAUAACUUUCUGUCGUGUCAGCAACUUUUCAAUUCAAUUGAUGUCCAGUGCCACGUCACAGCCGAAAACUUUACCCGGUAAGCGGGAUAAAGUUUCUCCAUAUGAACAGAACAAAAGUAUUUGGCUAGUCGAAAAGUUUUCUCGUUAACCGGGAUAACUUUUGCCCAUAUGAACAGGCCCUAAGGCCGUGGUUUUCCACUAGGCGCAAUUUUGCGCGCGGAGCGGAAUUUUCACCCACCCACCCAAUCUAAAUUGGGAAAAUACACUUUGAAUGAACACUGUAAAUAUAUGUAUGAACACUGUAAAUAUACACCGGCACUGUAUUGACAUAUAUAAUUCCACCAAGCUUGACCAGCACAUUCAUCACCAGUUACGAUAAUGAGCUGUGUUUUCCAUUUGGUUGUAUUUGCUGUGAUUCAACCAAUUCUUGUUGUUGUAUAAAACAAAGUACUAGCUUCAAUAACAUCAUUUGCAUUUGAUAAUUUGGAUAGUUUUGUUUACUUUUAUUAUUAAUAUCUUUAUGUAAUAUAUAAUUAACAUGGGUUUUUGUUUGGUGGCCCAACCGUGGACAUACAAAAAAAUUGGCGGCCCAUCGAAACUGCCCAAAGAUUUUCAAUGGCCCAUCCCAAAUCACUCCAGCCCACCCUAGCAACUACUUUAUGACCGGUACCUAAGAAAAAAUGUACUAUAUAUAUGAUGUCAUUGGUUGAAAUUAUGGUAAAAAAAAACAAAGGAAAACUUAUUUGCAAUUCACUUAAUGACAUCAUAUCCGGAAACUUUGACAGUGAAAAAGUUAAUCAAGAUGGGAUUUUUUAUUAUAAAGAUAUAUUACAUUUAUUCUUUGAAUGACCCAAAUAUUACACAUUCAAAAAAUCAUACUUGGGAUUUAUAGUCACACUUUAAGAAGAGGUCACUACUGAUUAGCCGAAGUCACAUUGGAGACGGAAAAGUCGCCUAAUAUAAAACCAGCAACCGACGGAAAAGUCCUUGAAUUUCAUCUUCCUUUCCUCGCCCUUUCCAGCCCUCUGAUUGUUCUCUCUUUGCAUUUCCAAGGUCUUACAAAAAAGUAAAAUGAGAGAACUAGAGAUCGUCACACGAACACCCAACUCGACGCCUCGCAACAAAAAGCCAUCACUUGCAUCGGCAACACAGCUGCCGUCGCGAUGGCAGGAGUACACGAAGUUUGCCCGACGAUUUCCGAGUCCACGGAUAAUGUGCCGAACUCCGCUGGUUACAAAACCGGCUCAAUUUCAAGAGAAAGUCACCGGAAAAAAGGCCGCGACAAAAACGACGGCAGAACAGUCGACAAAUGUUGCGGAGAAAACUCAUCAAGAUUGA